GUCAUUCGCCUAAGAGCAGCGUCAGAAGCGGCAGUGGUUCUCCUGUUUCUCGGUGCUACCUGUUCCCGGGGGCCCUCAGGGCUUGCGGUCCAGGGGCAGCCGGGGAGAGCAGGAGGCUGCAGGGCGGCAGGUCUGAGGCGCUGAGUGUCGCGGCGGCGAGAAUCGGGAGGAGGAGGAGACCACAAGGAUAGGCCCAGGAGAAAUGGAGUCCAAAGAGGAACAAGCAGUGAAAAACCUCAGCGUGCAAACUGCCGACCAGGAAAACGAAGCAAAAGAUGAAAAGGAACAAGAAAAUAAAAGGGAGCCCGUGGCCCUCCCUUUGGAAGCUGGAGAAUACUUGGUGCCUAGAGGAAACCGUAGACGGUUCCGCGCUAGGCAGCCCAUUGUGCAUUACAGAUGGGGCAUGAUACAUAGGCUUGGAGGGCCGCAAGCAAGAGUGGGAGAAGAAAAUAUGGAAAGGUUUGGGGAGGAGCUGAGACAGCUGAUGCAGAAGCUGCAGGAAAAGCAGUUGAGUCACAGUUUGCGGGCUGUCAGUACUGACCCCCCUCACCAUGACCACCAUGAUGAGUUCUGCCUUAUGCCCUGAAUCCUGAGGUGGCCCCCUGCUUUCUAAACUUACGCAUUUUUGUCAGCCUUAUGUAUUGAUGUAAACCUUUUGACGUUACAUAUUUCUUGUGGGUCUUCUAUUACCAACUUCUAAUUGAAUAUUAUGUCUUUGACCCAGUUUGUAAGUUUCUGUCAGCAGGGGAGUUUUACCGAUCACAUGGGAACAUGCUCAUUACAUAUUGUGCAGUUAAUAAAGCAAAUUAA